CUCUGGAUGCCUUUACCAGAGGUAAGGGGUAUGCACGGUGGCCGAACCAAAUUAUGUCUUUUGUAAAUAGUUAUAUAAGUACCUAGAACUUUUGAUGUGAAGAAUGCUCGGCGUUUACUUGUUAGGGAACUGAGACUUCAGGAUUCAGUUCUACUGAAGGGUCAUGAGGACUCGAAACGCCAACUCUUUUCUUCUCCGCCGAUGCUGCCAGACCUGCUGAGUUUUUCCAGGUAAUUCUGUUUUUGUUUUGAAUUUCCAGCAUCCGCAGUUUUUUAUUUUUAUAUCUUCAGGAUUAGGUUGUGAUUGCUAGCUGUGAGUAGCAAUGAUUUUACUUGCUGAAAUCAAUCGUUAUCCUUUCUAAAACGAAUCCGAGAAGCUGGAGACUAUAGUGUGUCUGACAAUUAACUUAUUAUCAGAUCAAAAACAUUGAUCGUAAGCUUCUGAAGCAGUGUCCACAUCACGUGAUGUCAGCGGAAGUGCAGCAUCGGAUGUAGAGGUUGCUUGGUAACCGAGAAGUGUGGCCUUAAGAGGGGCCGGGAAUGUCCCAGGAGAGUGAGCGAAAGGAUGGGCUGCACGGUUCGUUUAGGGGUCUAAGGUUCACUUAUCAGUCACGGUGAAUCCGCUUGAGCGAAGUGGCAGCCGAAACCCGGAGGGGGCCUACCGAAGGGACAGCUUGCUAGGCCAUUUCAGAGGAUGGUUACCUUGCUGUGGAUCUAGAGUCACAUGUAAGCCAGACCAGGCUUUGCUUCACUGAAACAAUGAAAUCCAUGAAGAAUAAAUCUAGUGAAUAUUCUGAUCCACAGAAAAAAACACUCCGACAGCUCCUCCAUGAGUUAGAAAAAUCUCAGAAGGCUGACAUUUUUUCCUACAGCUUUGGACAUUUAAAUCAUAGGAACUUGAAUAAAAUAUCAACACAUCAGGAUGCCUCAGUGACUUGGAAGAGUGCAAAGAAGCCCUCUCCCUUUAAGAAAGAAAAACAUUGCAGGUCUGUUCAGAGGUCAAGUGAUGCCAAAGUAAAGAAAAUGACCGAUGCACUUGUAGACUUCAGCCUGAUGACUAGCAUGGUUCCAACACUACCUACAAUUUAUAGCCCUGGCCUCAAUGAUCUUGACCAAAGUAGUGCCAAAGCUUCUCAGGAUAUCUCAGAUGACUCAACAAUACCACAAACCAAGGCAUGCUCAGGAUCCCCACACACUGAGGCACAAAUGCUACCAGAUCACUUUGUCAAAGAGGAAUUGGAGCUAUUUUACCUCAUGCUCAUGAAGCCUAAGCCACGGAAGUGUGCAAGAUCUCACACUGCCCAUGACCAGAGCCAGUUCGUUGAGUCUUACUUGGCUGGGCUGACGAGGCAGGACCAAUUCACUAAGCUACUUGAAUUCGAGAAAAAAUUCCUGAUGACGGAAGACCUUCUUGAGAGGGAGGCAAUGUCUGGUUACAAAGCAGUAGCAAAAUAUGAGUGGAAGCUAAGCCAUGAGCUGCUGAAGAUAGAUCAUCUCCCUGGACCAAACUUGAGACGUCUUCAGGUUUUCAGUGAUGUGUUUGAGGACGUCUGUCAAGACUCAACAAUAUUUUGUGAAAUCUUGAGAGAAAUCAAGUCUGAAUAUGAUCUGUAUCUUACGUCACUCCUGGAAUCCCAGCCAAAGGAUCAACACAAGACCUUGCAGUCACAGCUACGAGGUAUGAACCGCAGGACUCUGAAAACUCACCAUGUAGAGGAGGCUCAACAGAAAGUUUUAAAUCUGGAGCAGGAAGCCAGACUUGCUUUGCAGAGGAAUGAUGAGCUAAGGAAUGAACUUGAGACAGAACUUUCAAAUGCUGAGCCCCCAUCUAAGCAGCAAGAAGCACAGUCUAAUUUGAAGCACUUGAAAACCAUAAAGCAACCGUUGUCUGGUGUGGAACAGGUGUUAUCACUGAGAGACUGUAUUUAUAAAAUGACGGUGAAAAUUCAAGAACUGGAGAGUGAGCUGAAGUACUCCAUGGUGCCCUCUAUAAUCACUGAUGCUAUGCAGAGCUCUAUUAGAGACACUUGGGGUGAAAUUUCACAUCUGAAGAAGUCCAAUGAGUUUCUUCGCAGCAAAAUAAAAGCACUGAAAAAUUAUACAGAAAGAACCCUUAUUAAACUUAAAGUGAACAAAGAUGGUAGAAAGAACUUUUGGCAUAUGAUUAAACACAUUGUGGAUACAGCUGAGGAGAAUGAAAAUGCCCCGAGCUCUGUGGAAUGGGUCUGUGAAUGGACCCCCAAGUAAAGUUCAUUCCAUAAUGGAAUUUUCACAGAACUCUAUUGAUUUAAAUGUGUGUGCAAUGAAAGCCCUAACAUUAAAGAAAAUGUAUUUUGGCAGAAAUUUGUUAAAAUUUGAGUGAGAAUGUAGUUAUCAUCUGUACUUAUUAUUACUCAGUGAAUUUCAAAAUGAGACCUCCUGUACUGUAUAAUUCUGAGUUCUUUCCUAAUUAUAACAACUAUUACCUCCA